CGCGAAAUAGAUUAGGCGGGACGCGAAAAUGGCGGACUCUAAGCAUACGAGCUCCCUCUCGACCGCUACAGCCACGGAAGUGCAGAAAGCGCGGACUCCGGCUGUAUUCUUUGUGUCCCAACGUCCACUUUUUUUCCACUCCAACGCCACAGCGAGUAUCACGCUCGCUCCCUUUCCGAUAUCGUGGAAAGUGUAAGUUGGCAACACCACGGACCGCCACGGAGAUCGUAAUGGCGACGUUAAGCGCGUUGUCGAGUCCACCGUGAGAAAAUAAUGAUCUACGGUGCCGUAUUCCGUUUACGCACGGAAUAACGGCCGCACGAAGCAGCGAACACGCACCGAGCAGUUUUGACGCGAUCAGUGGGCCGAGGAUUCGCUACGAUGGAUCAGGCCCCUGCAGAUACAGAAUUACGGAACAUCAUAGACAAAUUGGCGCAGUUUGUCGCUCGCAACGGACCAGAAUUUGAGCAGAUGACUAAGAACAAGCAGAAGGACAACCCAAAGUUUGGUUUCCUGUUCGGCGGAGAACACUUCAACUACUAUCAGUACAAAGUGACUACAGAGCAAGCCAUUUUAAAGCAAAAAGGAAUAAAUCCAAUGCAAAAUGCAGACCCACGUUUAAACGUUUCGCAGCAGCAGCAAACAGCCACUACCGUCUCGCAGCCACUGAAUAACGUCAAUCUUGCGUCCGGUCUAAGUACACAACAAAACAAUGGCAUAAAUCCGGUGGUCGGAAUCGGACCGGUCGGGAGCCAAGGCGGUCCCGUUUUGCCUGGCGUGCCUGGACAGAUCGGGGGGCCAGGAAAUGCAGGGCCGCCCGGAAUCGGACCAGUUCCCGGCGGCAUGGGAGGUGUGAACCCGCCGAUCGCCGGGGUCGCGCAAGCGGUUAACAUCAGCGGCCCACCCGCGUGGCUCCAGAAUGAAUUGGCGAAUCUACAGUCGCAGCAGACAACGUUGCAGGACCAAGUCAGACAAUCAGAACAGAACCUGGCUGCACAGCAUGCUGCGCUGAUGGCGCAACAGCAGGGAAGAGUAGAGGAUGCUGUGAGGCAGGCACAGGAAACGGCGCUGCAAAACAAUGCGCAAAGCACGAACACAGAUCUGGCUGCGUUUGACACGGUGCUGCAACCGAUCAUCGAUAGCUGCACGAAGGACAGCAUAAGCGCGGGCAAGGCUUGGAUACUACAGAACUCACUUACGCCGCAGAGUAAUCAAGUAGUCGCCGAUCAUUUGCUGAAGAAAGUAAUUCAGGGGACGACUUUUAGCCAUAAACUACACAUUAUUUACCUGGUGAAUGAUGUCUUGCAUCACUGUGCAAGAAAAAAAUCUAUGGAUCUUCGCAAGGCAAUGGAAAGUGUUGUUGUCCCCAUGUUCUGUAACACUUCACUAGCCGCCUCCGAAGAGCAACUUAAUAAGCUAAAUAAACUGUUAAGUUUGUGGGAGUCGAAGAACAAUUAUUUCGACGAAGGAAUCAUAGAUAAGCUGAAGCAACCGAGCGGCUCUUGGUCGGAGUAUCAGGCUAAUUUGGUAGCGCAGUAUGCCAACGCAAUCACUCCCAUUACAGCGUCGACGAAGCAAACGUUCGAUAACUACCAGGCGCAACAUCAAGCGUUUGUUACUCACGCGCUCAGACAAAUCCAGAAUAUCGAGCAGCAAAAGAUGGCGAUAGAUCAGCAAUUGAAAGCACCGCCGCCGCCACCGCCGCCUCCUCAAAUGAAUCAACAAAACAUGUCUAUACCACCUAGUCAUCCCGGACCCCCGAAUACAAUAGGCACAGACGUGAACUUCAGCCAACCGCCACCAGGAUGGGGCGUACCUCCUUCUAAUGAGCCACCGCCAUUCAGUAAUGUUCCUUUGCCGGACUUUUCGAAACCACCGCCAGGUUUCGGACCUGCACCUGUUAUUCAUGAACCUUCCGUCGAGGAUUUGAUGCCUAGUAUGCCUUACUUCGAGCUUCCAGCCGGUCUUAUGGUACCAUUGAUCAAGCUGGAAGAUGGAGAAUAUAAACCGCUUGAUCCUGAUGCAAUAAGACUUCCACCACCUGCUCCUCCUAGUGAUCGUUUGGUCGCAGCCGUAGAAGCAUUUUACGCGCCGCCAAACCAUGAUUCGCCUAGAGACAGUGAUGGUUGGGAGAAAUUAGGAUUGUACGAAUAUUACAAGGCAAAGAACUCUGCUCGCAAACGCAAAGAGGAAGAUAUAGCCGCAGGCCUCAGACAGAGAUCGAGAUCUCCGUCGCCGAUCCUACGACCAAGAUCCAAGAGCCCUAGUCCGCCAAAGAAACGCUACAGAAGCAAGUCACGCAGUAGGUCGCGCUCGCGUUCUCGAGGCAGAAGUAGAUCGAGAUCGCCCGCGACUAAUCACAGACGCAACAGUCGCAAUAGUAAUCACAAUAGCAGAAGUAGGAGGAGGAGGAACAGUAACAAGGAUCGUAGCCCCGAUAGAAGGAUGGAUAGGCAAGACAGAAGUCCAACACCCCCGAGUUUCCUCGGCUCUACAUACAGUAAAGUUCCGCAAGAGAUUAGUAUCGAUGAGAACAAUAAAGGGCAUCAAUUGCUAAAGAAGAUGGGUUGGAGUGGCGCGGGUCUCGGUGCUAACGAGCAAGGCAUCGAGGCGCCCAUUUCCGGCGGCGAGAUUCGCGAUAAGAACGAUCAAUACAAAGGAGUCGGUAUUAACCUGAACGAUCCAUAUGAGAACUUCAGGAAAAGCAAGGGUCAAGCGUUCAUCACCAGAAUGAAAGCGAGGGCGGAGGAGCGAGCCGAGGAAAGAGGGGAACGUGACUGAGAGCGUCGGCGAUGGGAUACAAAGUCGUUCGACUAUCUAUAAGAUUUUUGUGACUAGAAUGAAUCGUAAAAUCUGGUGUACUUUGAGGAAGAAGAAAAAAAAAGAAAAAGAAGAAGAACAGGAAAAAAAAAGAAUUGUUUCACGAUAGACGCAAUUCUAAAGCGUUUAUCCACCAUCGUACCCGCCUCUAUGAGAGCUAACUUUAAAGAUCAAUAUACUUCCUUGACUGUCGAGAACAGUUGUAUUUUAUUAACACGUUGCCCGCCAUGGGGGUCAUCGAUAAUCGACGG